GGCGUGGCUGUGUGUGCGUCCAGCUCUGUGUGUGUGGAGAUGGUUCUAACAGGCUCUUGUCCGGAGGACUGUGGAACACACUGCUGGCCUGCAGAGGCUCCCUGAACACACACACACACACUGACACACACACACACACACACACACACACACACACACACACACACACACUGACACACACACACACACACACACACACACAACGCUGCCGUGCUGUGGGAACGGACCCCCAGACUGUGUCCCUGUCUCUCCUGAGAGAGUGUGUUGCCGUGGUAGCGUGUGGAGACACCCCCCCCUCCCCCCCAGCAUGCCUAGCUCCACUAUCAGACGUUCUGUGAAGAACAUGGUGAAUAACUACUCUGACGCAGAGAAGAAGGUCCGGGAGGCCACCUCCAACGACCCUUGGGGCCCUUCCUCCUCUCUGAUGUCAGAGGUGGCCGACCUGACCUACAACGUGGUGGCGUUCAGUGAGAUCAUGAGCAUGAUCUGGAGACGCCUCAACGACCACGGAAAGAACUGGAGACACGUCUACAAGGCCCUGACGCUGCUGGACUACCUGAUUAAGACGGGGUCGGAGCGAGUGGCCCUGCAGUGCAAGGAGAACAUCUUUGCCAUCCAGACCCUGAAGGACUUCCAGUACGUAGACAGAGACGGAAAAGACCAGGGAAUCAACGUCAGACAGAAGAGCAAACAACUGGUGGUACUGCUAAAAGACGAGGAGAGACUGGGAGGUGAGCGUUCCCAGGCUCUGAAGACUAAGGAGAGGAUGGCCCAGGUAACCACUACAGGUGCCGUGGCACCAGGUCAGGGUUUUGGGCGAGGUUCGUCUCAGCCCAACCUGUCUACCUCCUACAGCGAGGAGUACGGCAAGUCGGAGGGGUCACCUGCAUCCUACCACGGCUCCACGUCCCCGGUUCCAGGCUCAGAGUUGGAGCAGGCCCGCCCCCAGACCAGCGGAGAGGAGGAGCUACAGCUCCAGCUGGCCCUGGCCAUGAGCAGAGAGGCUGCAGAACAGGAGGAGAGGAUGCGUCGGGGAGAUGACCUGAGACUCCAGAUGGCGCUAGAGGAGAGUCGUAAAGGAAAAGCCCUCGGUGAUACCGGCUCUGGAAAACUAGCCAAGAAGAAGAGAGAGCAGCCCCAGUCCUCCCUGCUGGAUCUGAUGGAUGUUCCAGAGAGGGGUUCAGCCGACCCCUGGGGGGCAAGAGGAGCUGCUGCACCUGACCCCUGGCAGGCCUACGGUGCAGCCCCAAAGCCAGUGGCUCCAGUAGAUCCGUGGGGUCCCCCGUCCUCCUCUGUUCCCCCCAUGAAGAGCAGUGAUCCCUGGGGAACCAACCCUGCUCCUGACCCCUGGGGCUCUGGAGGCACAAUGCCCAAGACUUCCAACACAGGUAGUUUUGACCUGUUCAGUUCGUCCAACGGUACGUCCAGAGAAGACCUGUCAGAGUUUGACAGCCUCCACCGCUCCACUCUUCUCUCUGGUGACGGUCGGGGUCUCUCCUCCCUGACUAGUGGUACUGGGGACCUGUUUGACCCUCUCCCCAGCGGCUCCAGCAGGAAGACCCCAGAGUCCUUCCUGGGUCCUAAUGCAGCACUGGUCAACCUGGACUCACUGGUCACCAAGCCUCCCCAGCCUGCUCCUAUUGUCAACCCCUUCCUCGCUGCUGCAGGUACAGACAGGAUGCACACACGGUACAGGACAGACCUGCUGCAGGUACAGACAGGAUGCACACACGGUACAGGACAGACCUGCUGCAGGUACAGACAGGAUGCACACACGGUACAGGACAGACCUGCUGCAGGUACAGACAGGAUGCACACACGGUACAGGACAGACCUGCUGCAGGUACAGACAGGAUGCACACACGGUACAGGACAGACCUGCUGCAGGUACAGACAGGAUGCACACACGGUACAGGACAGACCUGCUGCAGGUACAGACAGGAUGCACACACGGUACAGGACAGACCUGCUGCAGGUACAGACAGGAUGGUACACACGGUACAGGACAGACCUGCUGCAGGUACAGACAGGAUGCACACACGGUACAGGACAGACCUGCUGCAGGUACAGACAGGAUGCACACACGGUACAGGACAGACCUGCCGCAGGUACAGACCGGAUGCACACACACGGUACAGGACAGACCUGCUGCAGGUACAGACAGGAUGCACACACAGUACAGGACAGACCUGCUGCAGGUACAGACAGGAUGCACACACGGUACAGGACAGACCUGCCGCAGGUACAGACAGGAUAAACUCACACGGUACAGGACAGACCUGCUGCAGGUACAGACAGGAUGCACACACACGGUACAGGACAGACCUGCUGCAGGUACCACACACGGUACAGGACAGACCUGCUGCAGGUACAGACAGGAUGCACACACGGUACAGGACAGACCUGCUGCAGGUACAGACAGGAUAAACUCACACGGUACAGGACAGACCUGCUGCAGGUACAGACAGGAUGCACACACGGUACAGGACAGACCUGCCGCAGGUACAGACAGGAUGCACACACGGUACAGGACAGACCUGCUGCAGGUACAGACAGGAUGCACACACGGUACAGGACAGACCUGCCGCAGGUA